AAAAGAAAGAACGAAAAAGAAAGAAAGAAAGAGAGAGGCAUCUUUUCAGCUCCCUCGCCAGGGGAGGAGUGACUGCGUGUAUAGGACUCCCACAAAGACUUUUACAGCCUUCAUUUUAGGAUGGGGGGGGGGGGCGGGGGGUUAACACUUAACUUUGCCCGUCUUGACUCGCCGCGCGCACUUCACUUGGACACUAAAUUGCGUGUGUGGCACCGCACGGCCCCUCCUCCCAGGGCCCCCAUGGACGUCUCUCUCGUGGCCGCUCUAUGCGGGGCUCUGGUGUUCGCCUGGCGGCUGCCCCCCGGGCGCCCUCUGACCCUCUCGCCACCGGGCAAGGCGGCCAAGCAGGCUGAGGCAACCCGCUAUUUGAGGGAGUUCCGCGUGGAGCCCCACGACUACAUGAUGUCCAUCUAUAAGACCUUUUCCACGGCCGAGAAGCUGGGACUCAACGCCAGUUUUUUCCGGUCCUCCAAGGCGGCCAACACUAUCACUAGUUUUGUGGACCACGGACAAGACGAUCUCCUGCUUUCUCCUCUGCGAAGGCAACAUUAUCUCUUCGACGUGUCCACCCUCUCAAAAAACGCAAAGGUCCUGGGAGCUGAGCUGAGGCUCUACACCAAAUUGUCCGGCAAUGUUGGCCUGUCUGAGCCCGUGGAGCUUCAUCUGCUCUCGUGCCAGGACCGGCGGCUCUUAGACUCCAAAACCCUGGAGCUGCAGGAAUGGUCCAGACCCAGAUGGGAGGUCCUGGAUGUGUGGGAGCCGUUCAAAGAAUGGAGGCGCCAAGAGGAGAGCGUCGGGAAACACUUCUGCCUGGAGCUCAUGGCCGAGUCAGAGAACUCUGAAAGACAGCUGGAUCUAAGCCUACUGGGUCUGCACCGACAUGCUAGGCCCCGGCAGAAGAAGGCCAUCCUGGUGGUCUUCACCAGAUCCAAGCGGAGGCAGACGCUCUUCGGCGAGAAACGGGCGGGUCGAGCCAAAAACCGUGCGCCCGGGUUCAAAUCCGGACGCAGCAGGCGGACGGCGGCAGCCAGGAGCCGCCAUGGGAAACGGACGGGCAAGAGAUCCAGGACCAGGUGCAGUAAGAAACCACUACGAGUCAACUUCCGCGAGCUGGGCUGGGACGACUGGAUCAUCGCCCCGCUGGACUAUGAGGCGUUCCACUGCGAGGGUGUGUGCGAUUUCCCGCUGCGCUCACACUUGGAACCCACCAACCACGCCAUCAUCCAGACCCUGAUGAACUCCAUGAACCCGGGACACAUGCCGCCCAGCUGCUGCGCUCCGGCUAAGCUCAGCCCCAUCAGCAUCCUCUACAUCGACUCGGGCAACAACGUGGUCUACAAGCAAUACGAGGACAUGGUGGUCGAGGCUUGCGGUUGCAGGUAGGACUUUGGACUCUGGACUCUGGACCCUUUGGCGGCUUUGAAUCCUGAACGGUCUGAAGUGGAUUUAGUGAUGAGUACAUACCUCAUAACAUAUAUUCCUGCAUUGUUCUUCAUCCGUAAAACCACCAAGAAAACUCCUCCGUCCAGUUCCCUUCAAGUUUCCAAAUUGACGUAACCUAAUUUAACUUGAACUGGGUAAAUGAUUGGCCAAAAAUAACUUAUGACUUGACCCCCCGCAAUACAGUAAAACAGCACAUUUUCAGUGUCCUUUUAUUGUGGCCAGCCAAAGGCACACCUGUGCAAUAAUCUAUCCAUCCUGACAUUUUCAACACCGCUUAUCCGAUUCAGGGUCACGUGGUGCUAGAGCAGGGAUGGGGAACCUAUGGCUCGCAAGCCACAUGUGGCUCUUUUGAUGAUUGCAUGUGGUUCACAGAUUAAACAAAAUAUUCUCGCUUGUUUUAUCCAUCCAUCUUUUUUUCACUGCUCAUGUCCUGUUUAGGGCUGCAUUUGGCUCCAGGAGCAAUUUUUGAUUGGAUGAUUGGGCUACGUUAUUUAGAUUUUAUGGCUCUCUUAGUCCCGACCCUUGUGC